GCGGAGAUAAAAAAUGUCAGCGUUCUCGCUUUUGAAGGCAACCGAAGCGCCCAGUGGCCAGUCGGGGUCAAUCCGCCUUUUGAGGCUAAAUCUCGGUUUGAAGUUCUGAAAUGGGAGUACUUCACAGAGGAGGAGAUUUACUCGUGCAUCGACGGCGCUCCUAAGUGUGAGUUGCGGGGUAUCGAUAAACUGGAUGUGGCUGAGGUCAUAGACACAGCCAUAGAGGAGCUGAACAAAAAGUACAUGCCCACUUUACAUCUGAAGAAGCAGCAGCUGAUUAACGGAUACAGACGCUUCGACCCCACCAGGGGCAUGGAGUACACCUUAGACCUUCAGCUGGAGGUCGUCAAUCAGAAGGGUCACAGCCGCUCCAUCACCAAGAGAGUCCACCUGGUGCGACCCCUGAGCCUCAUAGAGAUCAUUCCCAUGCCCUACGUCACCGAAGCGACCAGGGUCCACAUCAUUAUACCUCUGACUGCAGAAGACCGCAGCUACAUCAACCAUUUCCUGGAAGUCUUUGCCUCCAACGCCUUUGAGACGAGCGAAAACGCCAUCCUCACAUUUCUGUUCAUUUACGACCCAGAGGAAGCUCAACACGUGAACCACAACGACAUAUUUAUCGACGCGAAGAAUCAGAUAAAUGUUUACGAACGAAAAUACCCCACGGUGAAAAUCCCCUGGAUCAGCGUCAAGACGGAGAUACCGUCCCAGAUUAAGUUCAUGGACAUCAUCUCCAAAAAGCACCCGGUGGACACUUUGUUCUUCCUGGCGCACGUCAACACGAACAUCAACGCCGAGUUUCUCAACCGCUGCCGCAUGAACUCCAUAAACAACUGGCAGGUCUUCUUCCCCAUCCACUUCCAGGAGUACAACCCCGAUGUUUCCUAUCACAACCAGCCGCCCCCAGCCACAGUCGACCUGGUGAAGGACGCCGGACAUUUUGACCGCAGGUCAUUCGACGAGGCGUGCUUUUACAACUCCGACUACAUGGCGACGCGAUCCCGCAUGGUGGCGGACGUCCAGGAGAACGAGGACAUCCUUGAAAGCCUGGACAUUUAUGACAUUUUUGUGAAGUAUUCCGGUCUGCACGUAUUCAGAGCUGUUGAGCCAGCGCUGCACCAGCAGUACCGCUACCAGUCCUGCAACCCCAAACUCAGCGAAGACAUCUACCACCGGUGUAUUCAGAGCAACAUGGAGGGCCUCGGGUCCCGAUCGCAACUCGCCAUGCUGCUUUUCGAGCAAGAACAAGGAAACAGUACUUGAAGCAUUUCACCUGCUUUAUUUUCGUAAAACGGACUGAAGAUGUUGGAGUCAGUUGAAAAAAGCAACAAGUCUUCCACCAGCUUUAAGUCCAACCCAACGGUUCUCCCUAAAGGCUGUUUGUCAGCUUUGUCUUUUUUAGCUAGUUUUGAUAAACGGAUGCAACAGAGGUUUAUAAUGAAACCAAACGUGUUAGCUAUGCUGACAAAUAUAAAAAUUGCAAUAAGCAGUUUUGACCACUAGGGGAGGCAUAGAAACCAGAGACUCGUGGCUUUGCGGUAGCUUUGAGGAGUUUGUGUCGUCUCCUCAGCAUUCAGGUGGAAAUCGCUACCAAAGACUGAGAAUACUCAGGGGUAGGCAUGGGCCGGCUGCUGUACGUCCAGUUUAAAUUUCUUCCAUUGAAAUCUAACAAAACUAGUUGCUGCACACUGCCAGUCGGGUGGCUGAAAGAAGACCACUUCUUUUCUCUUGAGCCUAUAAGAACAAAUUUAGAUUUGGAAAGUAAAGUAUCUCCACCAAACACACUUACUCAUAAAUACAGUUGGCAACCAUCUUUAGUCGGCAAACAUUGGACAUACAUUGACUUUUUAGGACUGAAUUGAAAAAUGUAUUAAAAUUAGAAAUUUUUUUAGGCUAUUCAACUAAAUUUGGCCCAAACAGAUUCUUAAAUUAAGUCUUUGCUGCCCAUCUUUAGGUAUCAGUAGAUAUGUUUGUGUUGACAUAUUUUCACUCUAUUUAUCCAUAUUUUAACAUUGUUUACACCCAAUCCAAUGUCGUUUAUUCGAUGGAAAUGUGUUUGGGACAGAGUGAAAUAUUCAACCUGACUACUGGAGCAGAAAGGCAUAAGUGGCAAGGUUACUUGAAAAUUACCCCAAUAUUUAUUCAUUAAAUUUUUAUGUUAAAUUCAAUAUUGCAGUUCACAACAAACUAUAAUAUUUUAUCUCAGUAGGAAUUAAAGAAAU